GAUUAACGACUUGAGUGAGAUAGAUAGAGGGAUAAAAACAGUACCAAUAGGACAAUCGACCGGUCAAGUAAAAUUUGUAAGAUAACGUCAAAGAGGUGGUAAAAGAUUUGUAAAACGGAUUCCCAUUUGUCGGCCGAUUAUUUUCCGAGUCCUCCCCUUCUUAUUUAAUGCGCCUUUGGAAAUGGUUAAAUUACGUUGUUGGAUAGACGCAUGCGCCCGCCUCUUAACUUUGACAACAACCACUUGGAAACAGUCUCCAAACGAUCAUUUGUGAUAACGUCGGUAACUCAAGGUUUCCUCUUGUUCGAAAAUUACCGACCGAUCUCAUUUCGAGUCUAAACACUCAGAAAGCCAUGAAGAAUUUAUCGUUAAUCCUGCCUUUGGCUUUCAUUGGUCUUGUAUAUGGAGAAUAUUGCUAUGACAGUACUGUAGCUUCAUGUAUGACACAGAGCAGUGUGAAAACAAAUUUGCCGUCGUGUGAUUCCAAAUACUCUGGCGUACAUCACAUUUUUCCAGAUCUGGAAGACCUAUUUCGAACACACAUCGAUUUUAGUUACCAGUACUUGCUGAUGUCCACAAAUUUUGCGAACCAUGAGAAAAACCGUGACGGAUUUAGCAAAUUGUACAGAAAAUUAUCCGAUUCCGCUUGGGAGGAUGCCAUGGACCUUGCCAAGUACGUAGCAAAGAGAGGCGGAUCGUUCUCAUUCACCAAUUUUGGCAGGACUGCUAAAGAUCUCCAGAGUGUCAAUUAUGAAUUGUACGAGUUGGAAAGCCUUGCCCGUGCACUCGACAUGAGCAAGCACCUUGCAGAAAAGGUACACAAGGUACACGGCGGGGUUACAAAUCGCAACAAGGAUUAUCAUGAUGCGGAGGCAAUUUCCUUUUUGGAAAAUAAAUUUGUACACAAGCACGCCGAUUCUGUCAGAGAAAUAUCUGGCUACACCAACGACCUCACUAAGCUUGUCAAAAAUAGCCAGAUGGGCAAUUCCGCCAGUCUUUCAGUAUUUUUGUUCGACGAGUACCUUCAGAAAGCCUUGUAAAUUGUAUUAACCUAUUUCAAAAAUAUUUUUAUAAUUUUGUACAUAACUAAGGUUUAAUUUUUAAAACACUUAUUUGUAGAAAUGGUGUUUUGUACAACCAAUAAAUUUUAUUUCAUUGUCUAGUCUUUUU